GUUUGAAACAGCAAAGAAUCAAAGCCUCCUUCACUGCCCUUCCUUCUAUGAUACAGAAAAAGAUGCCUCAAGCCCUUCGACGAACUUUUAUAGAUAAUCAGAAAGUGCCAGAGGUUGGAAACGCUAUCCAGUCCAAGACUUCUUUGCAGCUGAAUGAUUCUAGAAGAUCGUCAGAGGAUUUUGGAAUUUCUUCUUUCAAUUUGAGGAACACUGAUCAGAGGUGUGCCAUUUUGGCAUUCCCUACCCUUGAAUCUGAUGGGCGGUGGAGAAUUGUUGCACUGCCCUUGCAAUGUUUUGAUUACACUAACCAUUUCGGAUCUAGAAAUGAAGUGAAUAUGAAUGGCCUGCAUCUGGUCUCCUCUCCGUCUAUUAAUUCAUUUAAGGUUGAUGGACAGAAGACAAAGAAAGGGCCUCAACCUGAGAUUACUUAUUCUGCCAAGCCAUUUAGAGCCAGAAGCUUUUCUGGAUCCAAUGUGCAACAUCAAUCUCGCACUAGGACAAUUGCAAAUAAAAUAUCUAAAUCGAAUGAAGUGUCCAACAAUUCUUCCUGUCAUAGUUCCAUCACUUGCGAUGAUUACUCCGCAGUUAUGUCAAAAGGAUCUAAUGCUACCAAUCCAUCUGCUAUGUUCAUCAAUUGUUCUGAGGAAGACAACACUAUAAAGAGAAAUUCACAAAAGAAGGCAAGAAAGAAGGGAAAACAUAAAAAGAAACUGUUGUGUGAUGUUGGCUUCACAGAAUCAGAAGUUUGUACUGAGUGUACCCAUGGAAGUUCAGCAUCUGAAAUCUGUGGUAACAAUGACAUGAAUUGUGGUGUAGUAGUAUCACGUGCAACUUCGCCUGAAGUUUCACCCUCUGAUGGUUUGCUUAAUGUAACUGAUUUUGCAGACAGCAGCAAUGGUGUUGUUAGAAGUUUUGAUUCACCAAAUAUAUGCACAUCUGACAUUGAUGAAGUGGAUAUAUCAGAAUCUAUUGUACCUUCUCUAGUUCAGAAGUUUCCUAUGGAGCAUCAUAUAAAUAAUUCCGAAGUUGGUAGUGAAGACCAGCGACUUUCAAGGUGUCAAGGAGAUAUAGAGAGGAGACAUCCUUCACAUAUGGGCUCUCUUGAAGGCAUACAUCAGAAGGAUUUCUCUGAUAUGCGUGAUUCUCUAGUGUUGGACUCAGUUUCCGUUGGUUCAAACAGUGAAGACUGUACGAGUGCUGGUCAGAUUGUUAAGCCAUUUAACAAAAACAGCCAUGAAAUCAGCCAAUCAGAGCUACCCGGUUCCAUUACCAAGAAAGGGUUCUAUCAUCAAAACUCAUUAUGUAGUAUUUCAGAAACCCAUGAUUAUACUGUGGGAACCAAGCAUGGUCUGGCUCGUAGCAGCUUUGAUGGACGAAUGGUUGCAUCAGGCCAGAGGGGUAAGCAGUUUAAAUCUAUUCCUGGGAGUUCAGGUACUUGCAAACUUGGAACUAUAGGAAAAUUGCAUGGUAGACCGGGAGCAGAGAACGGUCAUUCUGUUUGGCAAAGGGUUCAGAAGAAUGCUGUAGAGAAAUGCAACAAUAAUUUGAAGAAAACAAGUCCCAUUUGCUCACAAUUUGAUGUUACUUUAAAGGAUGCUCCUUUGCUGAAAAGAAAUUCUAAUGUUGCCAAUGUAACAACCUUAUGUAUUAGUGAUGACAAGAGGAAGUCAAAAAGUAAGGUUUCUAGAAAGUUGAGAAGAAAAGUUAGUCCCGCUUCAAAGCAAGAAAACUGCUGUUAUUCCAAGGAGUCUCAUCCCAACGAGGUUGGUUGUGCAAGGGUUGAGGCCAUGAAAUCUGAAUCAGUUAACAACUUUCAAGCUGGUCCAAGGAGCAUAGAACCAUGUGAAAGUGUCUGUGGUACUGCUUCUGGUUUUAAUAAUCAAGACAGCUUACUGCAAAAAUCAUGUGUCCCUUUGGACCAGCCAAAUUUGCUUGAGGUGCAAACUCCAGUUUAUCUCCCUCAUCUGAUGGUGAAUGCUGUUGCUCGAACAGAAAAAGAAAGUUAUUUUACUGAAAAUGGUAAGCAAAACCAUAAUAUGGGCUCUGUUCUGCAGAAAUGGAUACCUAUUGGGAUAAAGGAUCCCGGAUUUACAACAUCUGCUAGAUCUGCCAAUUUGUCAUUGGAACAUCCUAAUGGGCCAGAUGCUGAAGAUUGGACUUUCAAAAAUACCGUUGAAGAUAAAGUUGCUCCUUGUUCUCAGAAUCUUUAUUCUUCAGUGAAUGCUGGAACACUCUGUAGGAUUGGGAAGGAUUCAAGAUAUGCAAUUAGUUCUCAUGAAAUUGGGAACCACACUAAAGAAUUGAGGAAUCUGAAUGCUUGCAUAAAUGAAAAUGAAAACAAGCACGAUGGGGCUAAUUUCUUAAUGGAUGAAACUAAAGAACAAAAUUUAUCAGCAGUUGCAACUGAUUUAAACAAGAUAGCAAAGGCAUUGAAUGAUGCCUAUAGGGCACAAAUGGCAUCUGAAGCUGUUCAGAUGGCCACUGGGGUUCCCAUUGCCGAGUUUGAAAGGCUUCUUCACUUUUGUUCUCCAGUUAUUUGUCAUUCAUACAGUUCGGUAGGUUGUCAAACUUGCUUGCUGGACCGGGUUCCUAGCGCUCUAUUGUGUAGACAUGAGACACCAAACAUUCCAUUGGGAUGUCUGUGGCGGUGGUAUGAGAAACACGGCAGCUAUGGAUUAGAAAUAAGGGCAGAAGAUUAUAAAAAUCCAAAGCGAUUGGGUGUUGAUCAGUUUGAAUUUCGUGCCUACUUUGUUCCUUACUUGUCAGCAGUUCAACUCUUUAGGGACAGUAAAAGUCAUUCCACCCAGAAUAACACCAGAAUUUCUUCUCCUGGAGUUUCUGAGGCUUGUGAUACUGGUUCCACUUCAAGAAACUCUACUAAUGUCAGUCACCAUCCAAUAUUUUCAGUACUUGUUCCACAACCACGCACUGCAGAACCAAGUAGUCAGUUGCAAGUAAAUGAUGUGGUUAGAUCAGAACCAUCUCCAGUUUCUCCUAAAGAUGUGUUGCCUGUUAAAUCGGUUGACAUGACAUGGUCUGAUCAUCUUGAACUAGUUUUUGAAUACUUUGAAUCUGAGCAGCCUCAACAAAGACGGGCAUUAUAUGAAAAGAUACAAGACCUGGUUAGAGAUGAUGUGUCUCCUCGGUGCAAAAUGUAUGGAGAUCCAAUUUAUCUGAACUCCAUAAAUAUGCUUGAUCUGCAUCCUCGAUCUUGGUAUUCUGUUGCAUGGUAUCCUAUAUAUAGAAUUCCAUAUGGGAACUUCCGUGCAGCAUUUUUGACUUACCAUUCACUUGGCCAUUUGGUUCGUAGAAGUUCCAAGUUUGAUUACCCUAGUGUGGAUGCUUGUAUAGUAUCUCCUGUUGUCGGACUUCAGAGUUACAAUGCUCAGAGUGAAUGCUGGUUCCAGCCGAGGCCCUCUACAAUGAAUGAUACUUCAGGAAUACUGAAGGAGCGAUUAAGGACUCUGGAGGAGACUGCAUCUCUAAUGGCAAGGGCUGUGGUCAACAAGGGAAAUCAGACAUCAGUUAAUAGACACCCUGAUUAUGAGUUCUUUCUCUCCAGGCAACAAUAGUUAAUUAUGUGCAACUCACCUCUUCAGCUUGUCAGUUCAGCAAUGUUCAGGUAGAAGCUAACCUGAACAGUGAGUUCAGUUCAUAGUGUUGUUUGGCCAGUGAAUGCUCUAUCUCUGUACAGUUUGUUUGUAUUAGUAUUGAUUUUGAAAACUUGAAAUAGGAUGCAUAGCUUUUAGCGGACAGCCGAAUGAUGUAUAGAAGUUUUGUUUAAUCAAAGUUGAGUCUUCAAACUAUGUCUAUGAAUAUAUUUGUUUGUUGAAGAAAAGGUUUUCAAGCAUUUUCUUAAGUUUUCGCUUCCAGAAGCGGAUACUAUGGCUUAUAAUCUUUCUUUUAACCCAAACAAGUAUUUUGGCAGAGUGGGAAGGGCAUUAAAAAAAAAAAAAAAAAUUUCCCAACCAAACACUCUUUUAACUGCUCAAGGAAAUGAAACAUGUUGGCUGGGAACAUGUGAAGAUUCGAUACAAUCGUUGGUCAAACUAACCUGAGUUGUCGACAUUUGUUAUUUCGUC